ACAGCAACUCGAACACUGCGGUUUUAUUUCAAUUAAUUUUUAGUCAAGUUUGUUAUCAUUUUAAAUGUGAAACCAAUCAAAUAUUUACUCAUUUCGCAUUGAUAAACGCCGUGUUAAUUAAGAAAAUGUUUUAGAUAAGAGCUGAGUGUGUGAAAAAGUGACUUAUUAAUCACCGACUUUGUUUACUGCUUAUAUUUUUCUUACCUGCUUCUACACACACGAACCCACAUACGACAAGUCAGUACACACGGACCCGUAGUACGGAGCUUGAUCAUCAUCUUUAUUCAAUGGAAAAAAGAAGAAUUUUUGUGUACAAUUUGGGAAAGGCGCUGAAACAGAAACACACACUCGAGUGAAAAUUUAUUCAAUAAAAAAAAAAAUCAAAAAGUGAAGAAAGUGUAAAAUAAAAAAAAAAUCCAUUGGAAUGAAGUUGGCGCUAUUUAUAACUUGAUGCAUAUCCCGUCCCUCAGUGACAACAACACAGUAGUAGUAAUAGCACAUAUACACGACAAAAAACGGAUAGAAAAAAUUAAUAAAAAAAAAUAAUCCGCAGCAACAUACGAACCAACAAUAAAGGGACAAUAAACCGUGUCAAAUGCUUGACAGAGUACGACUUAGUGGCUUAAGUAAAUUCAGUAGUAACACAAGUGCGACGAGUGGCGGCGGCGGCGGAGGACAAACGACGAGCACAGAAAAAGUUUCCGAUCUGGCGCGCGACCGGAAAACAGGUGCAAGAACAAUUCCGUGCACGGUUUUGUUCUUGAAUGACACACAGCACACAUUUCACUUGGAUAAGCGGGCCAAGGGAGGCGAUUUGCUGGAAUUGGUCUUCGAUCAUCUCGAUUUGCAGGAACGUGAUUAUUUUGGCUUGCAAUUUGUGCAGUCGAGAGAUGUUGUUCGCUGGGUCGACGCCAACAAAUCCUUCCGCAAACAAUGGACAACGGUGCGCAACACCAACACAAAUUCCGAGUCGCUUGCCGGUCCAACGCUCGAAUUCCGCGUAAAAUUCUUCGUCACCGAUCCCAGUAGACUCCAGGAGGAAUACACGCGAUACCAAUUUUACCUGCAAUGCAAACGUGAUAUUUUCAGCGGAAAGCUUCCAGUAACGCUAAACACAGCCUGCCUCCUCGCCAGUUACACGGUGCAAGCGGAAUGCGGCGACUUUGAUCCGUUGGAACACACGCCCGGCUACCUGAAAUCCAUGCAACUGUUGACGGAGCAAAAUGAGGAAGCGGAACGACGAAUCAUGGAGUUGCACAAAUUGCAUCGCGGUCAAUUACCUGCCGACGCGGAAUAUAAUUUCCUUGAGCAUGCCAAGCGAUUGGAAUUCUACGGCAUCGAUUUUCACAAAGCGAACGACACGAAUGGGAAGGAAAUUGAUUUGGGCGUUUGUUCGAUCGGACUGCUCGUGUAUCAGCAUCACAUUCGCGUAAAUACGUUUUCGUGGUCGAAAAUGGUGAAAGUUUCGUUCAAAAGGAAGGAGUUUUUUAUUCAACUGAGAAAAGAGCCGUCCGAGAGUUAUGACACGAUGCUGGGCUUCAGCAUGGGAACUCAUAAAAAUGCCAAAGCGCUGUGGAAGGCAUGCGUCGAACAUCACAGUUUCUUCCGGUUGCAACGUCCCCAGCGAGCGACGACACGUUUUUUGCCCCUUUCGCUCGGCAGCAAGUUCCACUAUACGGGAAGGACCGAACUGCAAGCUGUGGAGGAUAGCAAACAGAGGAACAGCAAAAUGUCCAAAGUCUUUGUGCGAUCUCCGAGUAAACGUGCCUUGGCCAAUAAUCACGCAGCACAAAGCACCCCGCCGUCCCACAUGAUGAACGGCAAUGGCACCAGUAGUGAUAAUAGUGCUAAGAAUCAGUCUUCGAUAUUGCUUAAGAAUUCCGGAAAAGUAACAUCUAAACAGCCAUCGAUCCCGCGAAAGGCCUGGGAAACGCCCCACAGCGACGACGAAGGUGGUUUUCGACCCACUUUCGGGGCGGCGAACGUUAACACUGCCAUGGAAUCGCCUCCGCCCGCCUAUAGUGGCGAAAAUCUGACAAAUUCCACACUUGACGAGAGCAUUGUGACAAUCCGACUUGUUGCCGAUGAACAGGGAAGGUUCGGAUUCAACGUCAAGGGCGGCACAGACCUUCAAAUGCCGAUUUUAGUGUCGCGAGUGGUUUCCAAUACGCCCGCUGACAAAAGCAUUCCGCGAAUUUGCGAGGGGGAUCAAGUCGUUCUCAUCAAUGGACGUGACGUGAGUGGCUUAACGCAUGAACAAGUAGUGGAAUUAAUUAGAAAUUCGCGGGAAUAUUGCGGCGAAUUGGUGCUGGCGAUAAAACCCAAUCCCACAAUCCAAUAUCCGGACAAAGAGGAGCCUUUGUAUCAAUAUGUGCCGGAAACUGACAUGGGAUUGCAUUUGCGUCAAUUGGAUGCUGCCGAUGCUUUUACCCAAUCCUUGCUUUUAUUGAGUGAUGGUUUGGCUUCGGGCUCCUUGGUGGCUCAAUAUGAGCAAUUGUACCGGAAAAAUCCCGAUUUGGCCAUUACCGAAGCCCGUAAAGUCGAUAAUUUGCACAAAAAUCGGUAUCGUGAUAUUUCGCCGUACGAUUGCACGCGAGUUGUUCUCCUGAAUUCCGAUAGCGGCGACUACAUCAACGCCAAUUACGUCAAUAUGGAGAUUCCGGGUGGCACAAUUAAUCGUUAUAUCGCCACGCAGGGGCCCAUGAACAGUACUGUCACGGAUUUUUGGCGUAUGGUGCAGCAGGAGAGCAGUUACUUGAUCGUCAUGCUCACAACGACCGUUGAACGCGGUAGACCCAAGUGCCAUCAAUACUGGCCCAGUCCAAGUAGCGGCGAGAUGCAGUUGGCGGAGGGCUUUUCCGUGCGUUGCCUCAAGGAGGAAGCCGAUGUGACGGGCAGUUUUGUCUUUCGUGAUAUUUUAUUGAGUGAUACGAAGACGGGCGAGAAGAGGACCGUGCAGCAAAUGCAAUAUCUCGUGUGGCCCGAUCACGGGGUGCCGUCAGACCCGAAUUUGUUUAUACAGUUUACGGAAAAGGUGAGGACGGCGCGGAAUGCAACGUUGUUGCACGAGAUUGAGGAUACGCUGAGGAAUGUGCGGCUGAAGAAUGUCGAUGAAAAUGGCGUGGAUAUCAGUGAGAGGCGGAUUGAUGAUAGUCCUGGUGAUGCACCGUCUAAUACGAGUAUUCAUCAAUGCAUUAGUGCCGGAAAUCCCCCAAUUAUCAUUCACUGCUCUGCUGGCAUCGGACGAACCGGCGUCUUAAUACUGAUGGAUACCGCCCUAUCGCUCAUCGACAUCAAAGAGCCCGUUUAUCCGCUUGACAUUGUGCAGACGAUGCGUGAUCAACGCGCUUGCAUGAUACAAAAUGCUGGCCAAUAUCGAUUUGUCUGUGAGUGCGUUUACGCCGCAUACACAAAAACAUUGAUAAAUUCGGGAUCACAAACGAAUGGCGACUGAAUUUCCUCUCCAUAAGUUUAAGAAUAAGUGUUUAAGAAUGAAAAUAAAGAAGAAGAUGAAGCAAUCAAAAACCAUCCAGAAUUAACAAAAACGAGCUUGUACCUCACAUUUACAAUUAAAAACUAAAAAAAAAUCAUAAAAACCGAAAAAAUUAUUAACUAAUUAUAUUAGAAUCGUAAAAAAAUGUUAAAUAUUCAAUUAAAUAGUUGCUUUACAUCACACAUAAACACGUCACAAAACUUACAAAAUGUACAUUUAUAUAGCGAUUAGG